GCCUGCAUUUAUAAGAGCAUAAUGUUCACAGCUUAAUUAUAUAGAAUAAUGAAUAAAAAAGUAAAGCUAUCAAAUAACAGGUCGUAAUAAUCCAACAGAAUCUGUACAUUUGUUGUUAUGAAUCGCGCUGACUGCAGACAGUAGCUCGUGCGUUUCCACGAUGAAGCCUGCAGUUUUGGUGUGUGCGUGCGUGCGUGAGUGAGUGUGUAUGCGCGCUCGCGCAGAUGGAGCGGGUUCUUUCAGUCUGUCUAGUUCGCAGGAUAGCGGCACUCAUGGGUACUCACAGAAGCACCGUAGCGAUUUCUACCACCGUUUAGCACCACAGAAGGUGCGACAUUUAUUCCGGGCACGUACCUGCCAGCGGACAGUCCUGAAGCCCCCAGGAAUCUCGCGCUCUAGUAGAGAGAGCGGAGCGCGCGCGCGGCACGGACCGCAGUGGAAUGUAGCGGGGAUUCCCGGCGCGCGGGGCAAGAGCUGUCAGUCAUUCAUCAACACCACAAGAAAACACCUGAGUAGGUGGAGCAUGCCUAGUGGGAGCGGGUGGCAUUACUAUGCCUGAAGGCACGUGGCGAUGGUGUCCAUGGAGACAGAUGGCAGCUUCACCGGGGGCCACGGUCUGUCCCUCUUACAGGCUGAAGAUGGCGUGGGGGCCGGGCUCGCACAGCAAGAGGGCUCGUGGCUCGGCUUCCGUGCGACUGUGAGUGCUGUGCUGCUGCUGGAGCUGCUCCUCGGGGUGGGCGGCAAUCUGACCGUGCUGGUGUUAUACUGUGGUCACUGCAGCCUGCUGGAGUCUGUCAGCCAUGCGGUCACUCUCAGCCUGCACACCCUUGACCUGCUGCUCUGUCUCCUCUGCCUACCCAUCACUGCCACGCUCCUCAUACUGGGUGGAGCCUCGGUUCCGCACCACGCCCUCCUCUGCUGUCUCCACGAAUCAGCAGCCAGCUUCGCCAGCGUGGGCACAGCACUCAACCUGCUGCUUAUCAGUUUAGAUCGCUAUGACAUCAGCGUCCGACCAGCCAAUCGCCUGCUGACGCCUCGAAGGGCAGCUGUUUUACUUGUGGCAGUGUGGGUGCUUUCUCUAGCUGUGCCACUUCUUCCAUUCGUGGAGGCAGGGUUUGUGUCAGGGCAAGGCGAGGGGGUGUUUGUGCACACAAAUGGCACUGUGCUUUGUUCAGAGUGGGGGGGGACUCUACAGGCUCAUCUGUUACUGCAGGUUCCUGUGUUCCUGUGCUCUCUCGCUGUGAUGCUAUUUACAUACUCACGAAUUCUGCAGACUCUGCGCAUCCGCAUUGGACGCACACCCAGGCCACAUCGAGACAGCAAACGGCCUGCACAUCGCCUCUGGUUGCGUCGUAAAAGGUCAACAAGGUCACCGGAUCACAUGACGAGGAAUACGCCCACAUCACCACCACCACUUUCAACUGGGCCACUAAUCAUCUCAGAUACAGUUACCACUGUAACAAUCAACACUGAGACCAACACUCCUUCGCUCACCACACCACUUAGCCCCACCCCUACGGUGUCUGUCAUAACCUCACCUUUAAGCCCCACCCCCACUGCAUCAAUGACACCUUUGAGUCCCACCGCAUCCCUCUCUGUUAUAACUAGCCCUAAUAUCGCUACUCCUGCAUCCACACCUUUGAGUCCCAUGCCUACUGUGUCUACAGUAACCACUCAAGUAAGUCCUGCCCCCGUCCAAGGUCCAUCCAGCAUGGGUGUGGGUGCGUCAGUGUCAGCCAUUUUAGCUCUGCGCCGAGCAGUUCGGCGCCACCGGGAUCGACGAGAACGUCAGAGGCGAGUCUUUCGCAUGUCUGUGAUCAUCAUUCUCUCGUUUCUCCUAUGCUGGGCGCCACUCUCCAUUAUGCCCAUUCUUAUGCUGGCAAUCGGGCCGUCUGAUUGGCUGGAACGCCUGAGACUUUGCUUCCUUGUGCUCGCUUAUUGGACGGUAGUGCUACAUCCGCUGCUGUAUGCGUUUACAAGGCAAAAACUGCGCAAAGUUCUGCAUACCCGUCUGCGCAGGCUGAGGCCGCAAAACGUGCAGAAUCGUAUUCGCACUAAUACCAGAAUCCGUCGCAAGCACGGGGCAAAUUGCAGCGAUGCUACUGAGCGCUGCCUGACGGAGGCUGUUAGAGAGUAAGUGUUUGUGUGUCUGGGACUUAUAACUAGGCUCAGACAGAAUCUGAGUGUGCGUUCCCUUGGGUGAACUCUCUAUCUGUUCAUUUAUUAAAUGUUUUGGGGGAUUUAAUUAUGGUUUCAGAUGCUAGUAUGAUUGAUUUUUGCCCCAUUUAGCAUAUUUUACUAUAUUUAAAUCAAGACUGUAGCCAUUUUUAAACACUUGAUAGGACCAAAGGAGUUAUUUUGAUGGGGUGGGAUUAAAUAAUUAAGGCAUUUAAGUGGAAUGAAGAAAAUUGAAGAAGAACAGAAGGGUCUAGAUUUGUUGGUGAGAAUCAGUUUGCACAUAUGCACACAUUCACUGUUAGUUGUUCAUCUAAUAUGCUGAAUAGUGCUUCGCUAAUGUUUUUGUCUUGUAACAUUAAGCUUUGACUUACAUGCUUCAUGUAAAUGAUUGUAAAAAUUCAUAGAUGAGCCUUUAUUUUCAAUUCAAAGACAAUUAAAAAGGGUUAGGGAUGGGACAAGGGUUAUGGAUUAUAUCGCCAAACAAUUCUUGAAAUGUAAAUGUUUAGCUACUCAUUUAACAUUAAAGCCAAAAGCUGCGGUCACUCUGCACUUUUCUCACAUAGACUUCCAUUCAUACGCACGCGAAUGCGUCAGACCCGAAAAGCAAGCUCACGCAACAAGUUUCGCAGUCCACAAAAUUUAAAAUAUGGAUUAAUCACUCGCUUUUUUGAAUGUCUAACGUCACUUCAGAAUUCUAAGGUUCUAUCUGCGUUCUAAAUGAUUUUGAGAUACUGAGCUUCAAAGCUUUUGCAUUCCAUAUAGCAAACAAUGUGUGUGUACCAAUUCUCUUUCAAACAUUAAUAUGACAGAGACCCUACAUGUACUCUAAAUGUAAAUUAUCAAAGUUAUCUUACAUUUGCAAAUUGAAAUAAAAAAAC